GGCGGCUCCCGUAGCGCGGCCCGCGGCCCGGAAGCGGGAGUGGCAGGGCCGAGAGACUGCAAGAAGAUUCUUAGCAGGGUUGCUGCAAGCUACAGGGAAGGCACUGUUAGAGGCACAGUUCCUGUCAUGGUGAACGAGAGGCACAAUGGCAACCUGCUCGUGCGCCUGGGACCCAAACUACAGGCUUACCCGGGGGAGCUGCUCCGGCAGCGUCGGGGCCAUGAUGGCCAGCCUGAAUACCUGAUCCAGUGGAGUAUUGUCAGCUUGGAAGAGAGAGCAGUGGGAGGCAGCAGUGCCUCCUCUGCAGAGACCAAGCCAGAGAACAUCUUGAUGUGGAUGUCUGCAGAAGAGGUCUGUGCCAGCUGCCCGGCGCUGCUGGGCAAGAGGAAGCUGGAAGGGCAGUGGGUGAAAGAGGAGAAGGCAGCCAGCCCAUUUGCUGCAGAAGUCCCACUGGAUGAAGCCUCGCUGCUGGAGAUGAAGGCUGAUGUCAGGAGCCUGGUGCAGCGAGCUGGCCGGCAGAUGGCUGAGACCGGGGCCCCUGAGUCCUCCAUUCUCAACACCAUCCACGUGCUGAGUGCGUACGCCAGCAUUGGCUCACUAGCGGGUGCCUUCAAGGAGACGGGAGCCCUCGACUUGCUGAUGAAGAUGCUGUGCCACAAGGAGAAGCAAAUCCGCCGCAGUGCUGGCAAGAUGCUAAGGGCCCUGGCUUCGCAUGAUGCAGGGAGUCGGGCCUAUGUCCUGCUGUCUCUGAGCCAGCAGGAUGGCAUUGAGCAGUAUGUAGACUUUGACGGUCGCUACACCUUGCUGGAGCUGUUUGCUGAGAUGAUGUCUUCUGAAGAGCAGUGCAUGUCCUUUGAGGGGAUUCACCUUCCGCAGAUCCCUGGGAAGCUGCUGUUCGUCCUGGUGAAGCGCUACCUGUGUGUCACUUCUCUCAUGGACAAGCUCAGCAGUGGCAUGGAGCAGGGAUGGGAGCAGCAGGACUGCGCUGUGCCCAGCCUGCUCCCUGAGGAGAGGAGCCGUGUGAAGCAGGAGUUUGAAUUCAGCAUGGCUAUGGCAAACCUUAUCUUGGAGGUGGUGCACGUGAUGGGCUGGGACCCCAGCCACAAGCCAGAGCUGCUGCCCCAACAGGAGCUGCGGCCACGCACCACCCGCUCCAUCUUCCAGCCCAAGACCCCAGCCUGCACUGCUGCCCGAAUGCCUGUGCUCACUUCAAAUCACGGUCAUUGCAAAAAGCAGUGUUGUGCCUUCCUGACCCCAUCAGACUUUGCAGACCGCAAUGGCUAUGUGGAGUACUUACAGGCGAACCUGGUGGGUGGCAUGAGGGUGCGCUUGCUGGAAGACUGUGGUGAUGUUAGAGCUGGAGAGGAAGGCACGUUUCUUCGGAGCACUAAUAGUAUGCAGACCGUGCAGGUUUUAUGGCAGUCAACAGGUCAGAGCUACUGGAUGCGUUGGCACAUGUUGGAGAUUAUUGGCUUUGGAGACCAGUGGGGGGAUCCUGCUGCUCAGGAAAAAGCAUACAGUCUAUCAGAGAGCUUUAAUCUAGACACAGUUGCGCAGCCAUUUUUCUGCAAGCCCUUUGCGGGGCUGUACUCCCUGCCUUACCUGGGGGAGCAGCCGACCAAGGCUGCAGAGGCCCUGAGCCGUGCCGAGUGGUGGGAGCUGCUCUUCUUUGUGAAGAAGCUGGAAGAGCAGGAGCAGAAAGAGAUCAUUUGUCUCAUCCAUCAGGAGCAGGCGGAGCAGCUGUUGGAGAUGGACGAAGAAGCCCUGAUCCAGCUGUCAGUACCCGUGGAGCUGGCCCAGAAGGUGCUUCGGGUCUUGGAGAAGCAGUGCCAGGGCAGCGCUCAGCGUGACCUGCGUGGCUCCCGCAUCUACACCAAAUACUUCCUUGGUAGCGGGGCCAGGCAGGGUGGCAAGGGGAGCCCUGCUGUGUCCUCAGAGGGUGCCGGCUGCAGGAGCACCGUCCCUGAAGCCACGAUGGCCAAGGCAGCAAAGGAAGACCUCUCUGCAGCCCCAGUGCCGCCCCAAGCCCCGGUUGUGGCAGUGAAGUCGGAUUCGCAGCUGUUCAGUGAGCUCCUUGAGAGGGAAGGGCUGUUCUUCCCAGAGGUGACAGAGGAGCAGAUCAAAGUGUUAGGCAGCUCCGAGGGGGUGAGCGAGAGGGGCUCGCUGGCCGAGAUUGCAGCUGUGGUGGACGUGGUGCAGAGCAGCAGCUCAGAGGUGGGGCUGCGCUUAGCUGGGCUCAAGCACAUCAUGAAGAUCCUGGAGGAGGAGCCUGAGGCUGAGCCCGAGUCCGAGUCUGAGCAGCAAUUCGGCAAAUCCCUGGGCAGGCUGGGGAGCAGGAGUAUUGGGGAAAAGCUGGUGAAGGUGGCAGUGGAGCUGCUGAGCGCUGAGGUGUCAGAGAAGGCCCUGGUGGUGGUGACGCUGCAGUUGCUGCCUGUGCUCAUGGCGAAGUACGAGUGGCGCGUGCCGUUUGCCACGGAGGGUGGUGUGCGGGCUGUGCUGGCCUGCAUGCAGCAGCACGCCUCCUCCGCCGUGGUGCAGCAGGCUGGCCUGGCGGCCCUGAAGGUGCUGGUGGGAGCUGUGGCUGGCGAGGCAGGCAGUGCCAGUGGAAAUCCCUUGCCCCUGAACCAUGCCGAUGCACAGAUGAUGCGGGAGAUCUUUGCCAGCAUUGGCUCUGCCUCCGGCAAGGGCUCAGCAAGCCCGCUGAGUGCCAUCCCUGCAGCCAUGAGCACCAUGCAGAGGGUUCCAGGGGGCUCCUCGGGCGUGCAGAACGGCUUGCUGGUGGUGAACAUGCUGAUCGACGGCCACCGGGGCCUGGCGGAACAGCUGGUGAGCUGCGAUCUCCCCGCAGUGCUGCAGAGCUGCUGGUGGGACAGGCAGGGCAGUGGCUGCCCUCAUGCGAUGCUGGCCCUCAGCGUGAUCAACCGCCUUGCGGAGCACCGGCUACCCGUGGGCCCGGAGGUGGCAGGCAGAGAGGCCCCGCUGGAGGUGAGGGACGUGCAGAUGCUUCUGGGCAGCCUAGGGGACAGUGUCUUGUCCAAGGACGUGGUGGUGGCCCUGGAGCGGCAGCUCUGUGGUGAAGGCCCCAUCCUCUCUGGCGAGGCGGCUCAGCUGCUGCAGGACCGCAGGUGCUUCAGGCUGCUGCUGCGCAGCUUUGAGCUGCUGCGGGCAGAGAAGGCUGUGAGCCUGAGCAUCCUCAGGAUCCUGAACAAGUUCCUGGAUGGUUACCAGGAAGAUGUGCUGCCGUGGCACGAGUGUGUGGAGCCCUGUUUGUCCUCCUUGAGUGCCCAGAGCUGUGACUGGGAGCAGGUGGUGCAGAAGGUCAUUGGCUUCCUGCACCGCCUGGCCACCACCAGCAAGGACUGCGUGGUGGUGAUGUGCCACGUGGGCGCCCGCGAGGCUCUGUCCAAAGCCCUGGAGAAGCACAGCAUGGCUCCGUCGCUGGCGCCAGCCCUGCUCGAGCUGGUGACGGACUGUGAGAAGUACGCCAGCCUCUACAAGAAGCUGACGACCAGCAUCUUGGCUGGCUGCAUCCAGCUGGUCCUGGGGCAGAUUGAGGAGCACCGCCGGAGCCACCAGGCCAUCAGCAUCCCCUUCUUUGACGUCUUUCUGCGCAACCUGUGCAAAGGCUCCAGCGUGGAGGUGAAGGAGGACAAGUGCUGGGAGAAGGUGCAGGUCUCUUCCAACCCCCACCGGGCCAGCAAGCUGACGGACAGGAACCCCAAGACCUACUGGGAGUCGAAUGGCAGCACCGGCUCCCACUUCAUCACUGUCCAUAUGCAGUGCGGUGUGGUGAUCAGGGAGAUGAGCAUGCUGGUGGCCAGCGAGGACUCCAGCUACAUGCCGGCCCGCGUUGUGGUGCUGGGGGGAGACAGCCCUGCCACCAUCAGAACCGAGCUGAAUGCAGUGACCAUCCUGCCCUCGGACAGCAGAGUGAUCCUGCUGGAGAACAUGACCCGCUUCUGGCCCAUCAUCCAGAUCCGGGUGAAGCGGUGCCAGCAGGGUGGCAUUGACACACGUGUGCGUGGCAUCGAGGUGCUGGGUCCCAAGCCCACUUUCUGGCCCGUCUUCAAGGAGCAGCUGUGCCGGCGGACGUUCCUCUCCUGCACCGCUCGGGCUCAUGCCUGGUGCCAGGAGAUCUGCCAGGACCGGGGACGACUGCUGCAGCUCUUUGGCAGGCUGAACCGGGCGCUGCAGCAUGAGCAGAGCUUUGCUGACCGUUUCCUUCCCGAUGACGAGGCGGCCCGGGCCUUGGGCAGGACGUGCUGGGAGGCCCUGGUGAACCCCGUGGUGCAGAGCAUCACCAGCCCAGACCCCCAGGGAGCCAGCCCCCUGGCCUGGCUGCUGAGCAAGUACCUGGAGAGCGUGGAGCCACCCCACCAUGCCACAAGCUGCGGUGCCGUCUUUGGUUCCCGUGUGCGGCGCCUGACACAGCUCCUGGUGCACGUGGACCCUGGCGGCCCAGAGCCGGAGGAGGCAAGAGCAGCUGGCGGGAAGGAGGGGAAGAGCAAGGAGGCAGCGGCCAGGGCUGCGAAGGCGGUGGUGAAGUCGGGCGACCUGGAGAGCAUCUGGCAGUGCUGGCGUGGUGUGGUGCAGCAGCAGGUGCAGCAGUUCCUGGAGGCAGCAGGGCAGGCGCCAGACCUGGUGGAGCGAUACUGCAGGCUGUACCAGCGCCUGCGCAGUGCCACGGCGGAGCUCUUUGGGCAGCGGGCUGCCUUUGUGUUGGCCCUGGGCCGGGGCUUCGCAGGGGCUUUGCUGCAGCUCUCCUUCCUUACCGCCCUGCACGUGAGUGAGCAGUUUGCCCGCUACCUUGACCGGCAGAUCCAGGAGCUCCGUGGGGCUGCGGGCAGCACAGCGCCGCUGCAGCAGCUGCAGCAGAUGCUGGAGCCCUUCGUCGUCUUCAGUGGCCUGGAGCUCGCCCACACCUUUGAGCACUUCUACCGGCACUACCUGGGGGACCGGCUCCUGGCACAAGGGCCGUCUUGGCUGGAAGGAGCUGUCGUGGAGCAGAUCGGACUGUGCUUCCCCAGCCGCUUCCCCCAGGAUAUGCUGAGCAACUUGGCUGAGUCGGAGGAGCUCCAGCAGCAGUUUUGCCUCUUCCAGCUGCAGGAGCAGGACAGGUGGCUGCUGGAGCUGGACACAGGGCUAGAUAAGACACUGGGGACAGUCUCUGUGGUACAUGAGCCGGAGGUGAAGGUGCUGGCCCUGUCCCCGCACUGCUGGCCCGUUUCCCCAUUCUGCUACAUGGACGAGCCUGGGAGGUUUUUCUCGGCGGCGCUGAGCUCGCCCCUGGAUGAGUUUGCCAACUUCUGCAGGCGGCGCCAGAGCCAGCUGGGCUGGGAGUGCACGAAGCCCCGUCGGCUGCAGUGGACGUGGCUGGGCCAUGCUGAGCUGCAGUUUGGAGACUGCGUCCUCCACGUGUCCACGCUGCAGAUGUACAUCCUGCUGUGCUUCAACGGCGCUGAGGAGGUGGCUGUGGAGGCUCUGCUGCAGGCUACGGGUCUCCCUGCUGAGCUGGUGCACCACGCGCUGACACCGCUGACCCACGGCGAGGGCGUCCUGGUGCGGAGCUGUGCUGUGGGAGCUCCAGAUGUGCUGCGGCUGAACCAGGCAGCCCUGGCCCGUUCGUCUGGCCGCCACCUGAGGCUGCUGCCCCAGCAGAGGUACCUGCGGGCGGAGAGGGCUGAGGUCAGCGCCCUGGAAAGGAAGAGGAAUGUCCUCUGCUGCCUCAUCACCCGCAUCCUCAAGGUGGAGAAGCAGCUCCACAUUGACAACCUGGUGUUCAGGGUGAUUGAUGCCUGUCAGAAGGGUGAGCUGGGGCCAGGGCUGCAGUUCCUGAGCUUCUGCUGCCACAGCGUGGACGUGCUGUCCUGCAUCCUGCACCUGCUGAGCCAGGGCUAUCUCCGGCGCCAGGAGGAGAGGCCUCAUGUUUUGGAAUACAUCUCUGCGGAACCCACAACACCUCCUGGGGGCCAGGCACAGAUGGUUUUCCAGAGCAGGCCACCAGAGGCAUCUCUGAAUGAGGACAACAUAGACUGCCUGUAUUGGUUGAAUCCUGGCAUAGGCAGGUCGGAGGAUUUUCUCAUGGCAAUGCUGCAGGUGCCAAUGGGGCACACACUUAGUCCAGAGGAGGCAAAGCUGCUCAUGAACCAGACAGUACAGCAGGUCCAGGAUACUCUGAGCAUCUCAGAUGAUGUUGCUCGGCACCUCCUCAUGUACUGCAGGUGGAAUGUGGAUUUCCUGAUACAGUGCUAUGUGGAGAACCGUGAGACACUGCUCAUCUCCUCAGGGCUGCAAGUGCAGGAUGCCCAGCCCCCACCACGCCCAGGAACCCACUGCCCAGUCUGUGUGAACCAGCUGUGUCUCACUGAGAAGCCACCAACCCUCUGCUGCAUGCACUACUGCUGCAAGCCCUGUUGGAGUGAGUAUCUCACGACUCGUAUUGAACAGAACAUGGUUGUCAACUGUACCUGUCCCAUAUCUGAGUGCCGUGCACAGCCAACUACAGCCUUCAUUUGUUCCAUCGUUUCCUCGGAGGAGAUAAUAGCCAAGGCUUCCUGAGAGCAGCUCUUUCUCUUAUGGUUCCAGUGGAAAUCCUGGAUCCACUUCAGCAGUUGCAUCUCUGUCUUCUCACCAAGAAAACAGGAUAGAGUAAAACUCCAGACAUCAGACCUUGUGAAAUUCAGCCUCUGUGAAGAAUGUGUUUUGGUGCUGUUUGCUGACUGAAGUACCCAUUUAUCUUUCUGGGUGCUGGUGCCUGGGCAGAAAUGAUCACAUCACCUAUCAACAGGAUGACAACAGACAGUUGUUGACUCUUGAGAAGAAUGAAGUGGGUUUGUUGAGACUUCGCCUCCACUGGGCAUUUUGCCGUAACACAGGCUGACAUCCUUGUAGUCUGUCAGUGCAUGCUCUCUGCUUUAGGUUGCCUGACAGAUAGAAUGAACAAGAGGGAGAAGUGAAUGAGGUCCCAUCUGAGCCCUUCAGGGCUUGUACCUUUUCCCUCUAGUGCUUGUUGUGACCUGUAUUGUAUUUUCUGUGCCUGAUGGCUUUAGAGCAGCUCUCCAGAUAUGCAGAAAUAUCUGCAGGAGGGCUGUGAAGACUACAGGAUUUCUUCUGAACUUCCUCUAGCUUUGUGUAUGUUCAUACAGUCUUUAUGCUAUAGUAACUGAGCAUAGAAAACUAAGCUAUUAGGUGCAGUAUGGUUGCAUCCUGGAUCCCUACCUGAACAGUCCCUUACUGACAAUCAGUUUGCCUUGUCCUCUGCAGUAAUGUCUAGAGGCUGUGGGCAAAGCGAGCAUCCUUUCCCUUUGCACAUCAUGUAACUAAGCAAAAGUCUGCAGAGGAACUUAAAAUCAGAAAAAAGUUAUAAAGGGCACUUGAUAGCUUUCUAUGGUGAGAUGAUUGGCUGGGUGGGUGAGGGGAGAUGUUGUUUAUCUCAGCUUUAGUAGGGAUUUCUACACCAUCAUCCAUAACAUCCUCAUAGGAAAAAAAACUGAUGAAGUACAAGCUGGAUGAGUGGACGGUGAGAUGGCCUGCUGAGCAAAAAGGGAUAUGACCAAUGACAGAAAGCUCAGCUGGAGGCCAGUCACUAGUGGUGUAACCCAGAGGCUGAUACUAAGUUUAACAUUGUUUAAGAUCUUAAUUGAUGACCUGGAUGAUGGGACCAAGUGCACCCUUUGCAAUUUUGUAGAUGCUAAACAGCUGGGAGGACUGGUUGAUGCUCCAGAUGGUUGUGCUGCCAUUCAGAGGGACCUCAAAAGGCUAGAGAACUUAGCAAACAAGAAUAUCAUUAAGUUCAACAAAGGGGAAAUGCCAGGUCCUGCUCCUGUGGUGGAGUUACCCAAUACAACAGUAUGUGCCAGGGGAACCGUCUGGAAAGCAGCCCUGCAGAAAAAAAAUGGGAUGCUGGUGGACAAGUUGGACAUAAGCCAGUUGUGUGCCCUUGUGGCCAAGAAGGUCGACUAGCAUCUUAAGUUGAAUUAGGAAGAGCACUGACAGCAGGUUGAGGAAGGUGAUCCUUCCCUUCUACGCAGUGCUGUGAGACUGCAUCUGGAGUACUGUGUCCAUUUCUGGGCUCACCAGGACAAAAAAGACAUGGACAUACUGGGGAGGAUCCAGCAAAAGGCCACAAAGAUGAUUUAAGUUUUAGAGCACCUCUAGGAGGAGCUGAAAUAGCUGGGUUUGUUUAGCUGGGAGAAGAGAAGGCUCAGGGAUGGAUCCUUAUUGACGUGUAAAUUCACAAAUGGGAUUAAGAAGCUGGAUUCUUGGUGAUAUCCAGUGAAAGUUAUAAGAGGCAAUGGGUAUUAAUUUAAAUGCAAGGAAUUCCAUUUAAAUACAAGAAAACUUUUUUUUUUUUUUUUUUUUAAAUAGUAGGGUAAUGGGAUGUUGGAACAAGAGGGGCUUGUAUUCUGUCUCCUUGGGUAUGCUCAAAACCCAGCUGGACAUGGUCCUGAGCAGCCCUGCUUUGAGCCGGAAGGUUUGUACUAGUUUUUGGAAGGCACUUCUGCAGACAAUCUCAGCUAUUCUGUAAUCCUAUCAAACAGCUUUCAGAUAUGACACAAGUGGUGGAGAAUUUACACAAAGUGAAUGAAAGAGUAAACUUAGUGCUGUUUUGUUGUGAGCAGUUGUUCAUUCAGAUAUGAAGCCCAUAGGCACCAGACCCCAACUGUAAUGUCUAACCAUGCAGCUACUCUGCCUUGUAUCUCCUUCCUGUCUUCUUAUUACAGUAUGAAAAAGCCCUCCUUAGAGGCUAUGUUGAGUGUUGCUCCAACCUGACAUGGUGCACCAAUCCUCAGGGCUGUGAUCAGAUCCUCCUUAAGGAUGGACUUGGCUAUGGGGCAGCCUGUUCCAAGUGCUCCUGGAUAUCCU